GUCAUGGGGGCGUGGAAGUGUUACGUAGAGUUGACGAAUGCACCGAGGUGAGCGCAGCGCCGAGCUGGUGGACGCAGCCGUGGUAAAAACAUUGUCUCGUCGUUUCAUCCAAAUUGGCGCCUCCGCGUCCGGAGUCAGCGUCCGCCUGAACGCAGCGGGUGGUGUCUCACCUUUUGCAGAGCACCGCUACCUGCCCCCCUUUUCCGUCUCGCGCGUUCAGUGCUAUGGCCACUAAUGGCCCGCAGGCGAGUUAUGCGUGCAACUGCCUGAACGUCCGCAUACACCCUCAACCGCCGCAAGGAGCUCCGCCGCCCUCGGAGGACGAUUACGAGCCUGUCUUUGCAGGCGAUACUGGAGUGUCGGUGGUACAUGUCAAGCUGACACUCCGGUCCCGUACUCGACCGGUGCCCGAGCAGCAUGGAGAAUUGGCCACCCGUUAUGUUUCGUUGACAUGCAUGCUCUGUCAAUGCUUGGUGUACCGCGUGCGACAAGUCGUGCAUCUGGAAACCGAUGGUGGCGAAGGACCUGUGCUGCCAGUUGACGAUUGGGUGGAGCAAGACAUUUUGAAGAGCGCCACAGGGUGGAUUGAGGUUUCAAAGGGCUGCAUGACCGGAGAAGCAAUUUCUAAAGCAGAGGCUUCUCCAGCAUAUUCGAAGCUCUUUGGCGUCAUCCUGCCUGCUGGUCUGCCUACCAUUACAUUCAGUGCGCCAUCAUCAUCACCCACGACCUCAACGCCGGCCGUUACCAAGUAUCUGCCUCCGGUACCCCCUCUGUUCUCGCCUCCUCCAUUUACUCCAAGCCAUCCUGUCUUUGCAUAUCUUGUCUCUAUCGCCAAUGCCGAGAUGGACCAUGUCCGAGCCUCGGCGGAAGAACACAUCGCCAAAGUCGUCGAAGAGAAGACAGCCGAAAUCAAAGAGGUUGAAGGAGGGCUCAGGCAGAGGGUCGAACUUCUUUGGAGCAAGUUCAAAGAAAACUUGGACAAGAUUGAUCAAGAGCACUUCGCACAUCGCCGCCCACCGUAUACGUCCAGGCGCGGAUCCAGCGAAGCUCACUGGGGCGGCACGGCACAUGAGGCGUAUUCAUCUGUGAGAAUUAAUGAAUUCAUUCCCAACCACAAUAUUCCUCCGAGGACGUCACCUGCUGCUUCUCCCCGUCAUCUGACGUCUGCUCUUUCUGCCUCGUUGGCCACAUCUUCCUUCCAUCAUCCCCGACGGGAACACGAUAACGCAGCCCCACGUGCUGAGUCUGCUCAAGGCCCAUCAUCUCCAAGCUCUCUUCCGUCACCAUCGCGCGCUCCACAGCUGAAGUCGCCUUCUUCGGCAUCGUCUCACACGCUGGUUAUGGCUCCGAAUGAUGAGGCAAGCACCAUUCGAGAAGCAUAUAGGCGUAACAUGGAUCAGUCGAAGGAUAUCGCGACCAGCUUCAGAUAUGUGCACGAUCUGGAAGAGCAGAUGCAGGCGCGGUACGGACAAGCUACUUCAUCCGAGUCUCUAGCGGAGGCUUCAUCUAGUGCUAUGCAUGGAAUACUUUCGACCAGUGCUGAGGCCCCGCGUGGGCGAUCUCCUCGUGCAGGGAAGAGCUCCAUCAGGAAAGGGAAGGAGAAGGAGAAUGCCGAGCCACAUUCUCCGCACAAGGACGAAGGACCUGCAGAACAGGCAAACACCGGUGCGGAAGUGAAAGAUGGUGGUGCUAAAAAAAGGAAAGUUACAUUUGACGUCAAGCCUGAAGUUGCGAUCAUCGGUGCCGACGCCAUGGAGGCCGAAAGCACUAGACCGCAGGAUGAAGAAAUAAUUUUCGAGAUGGAAGGCGAAGAGGGCACUGAGCCCCCAAGCACAGAUGUGGCUCAAAGUUCUGCUCCGUCGACGAAUGGGCACUCUGCAGCUCGAACGGCAGAAGCUGCACGCACUCGACAUCCAAGAAAUCGUUUGCAGGACAAUUAUGGCCUUCCCUCGUCGUUAUCGGCCCUCCGUCCUUCCUCGUUACCCAACGUAUCCAACAUACGCGCCCCAGCGCGCCGGGUCGAUGAUCAGCGACAGGAUCGCCCGCGAUCCGAGAUCGUGCGAGAGGCCGUCAUGUCUGCGGGAGCAGCAAGCAAGCGAGAUGAGGCCGACGAACACAUUCAUGAGGAUGACGCGGAGGAAGUUACUGAUCCUCGAGAGGCGGAGAUUUUGAGAUUAGUGGCGGCGAGUACUCCGAGCCAUCGGAGUGCUUGGAAGAGAGAUAGUAAGGCUUGGCAGUUAUUCGUGAACAGGCAGGAUAGGAAGAGCAAGGAGCAUGCGCCUGCCGCGAUCGAGGAGGAAGGCGAUGAAUCUGCCGCGGAGUAUGAUGGUCCACGUCUUGGCCAAGGUGUUGAUAUGGACGUUGAUGAUGUAACGGAAGGUGGAGAACGAGAGGAUGGCCUACGUGCGAACCAUCAUUACCCAGUAGCUUCCUCGCUACCGAUACCUAUCUCGCUUAAUGGUCUGCACUUUGGCGCUGCUUCUUACGAGCCAAAGACGUCUCUCACUGAGCAACCUGGAACAAUGGUUCCUGCGCUCCGGACGAUGACGUCUUCGUCUGCAGCCGUGCGGCGACAAAUUUACUUGGAGCGCGAUCGCCAACGUUCUAUUGAUCCUGGCGCGCUCGAUUUUACCGAGGAUAUGGAUGAUGAGGAGGAGCCAGAGAUCCAGCCAGAAGCAGAAGUCGGGUCGUUGGCACAGAAGCGCGCAUUGCAGAUUCUGGAGGCUAGCAAUCGUAUACCUGAAGGAUGUGGAGAAGUUUAGCUUGACGAAUACGCGAAGGUACCUUGGACGUUGACAUUUAUAUUGUAGUCUUUUCCUAAUUAACGUACAUACGUCGAAACAUGUUGUACGCAAUUAGCGCAUAUAUCCAUACACACACCUAGUUAGCUGUGAUCGUGCUAUGCAAUGCUGUGAUGUACAUAUUGUAUCG